AUCCAUAGGCGAUAGUGCUGCGUGAUUGCUCUGUCAUGCUGCCUGAAAGUCACGUGUUCUGGAUGUCUUGUUCAAUGUAUGACAGUUCGAAACACCGGUCAACUGAACAUGCAACAUGGCGCCGAAUGGAAGGUCCGUAACUUGUCAUUGACAACGGACAGUAGUGUUUCUCAAAAAAAUUAAGUUAAUAUUAACAUUCAUCUGAAGUGAACUAUGGCAUUUCUGGAGUGGAGAAGGUUUAAUUUCUUUGAUCUGAACAAAGAUGUUGAUAAUGGGAAAAUCGCUGAAGCAUUGAAGGAAGCAAAAGUGGUCGCUGCGACUAGUGGUCAUGGACACUUGGUACUUGGAGAUUCUGAAGGAAAUAUACAUUUGGUCACCAGGUUGAUGCAUGUUACAAGUUUUCGUGCCUAUGCCCUUCAUGUUGUUCUUGCAGAACAGUUGAGACAUUCUCCUCUCUUGGUGACAGUUGGGGAAGAUGAACCUGGUGAACAUCCUGUUUUAAAAGUAUGGUAUUUGGAUCGCAUGGACAAACAAGGGCACCCAUCAUGUGUUCGGUUGACUCGUGCGUCUCCAAGUCAUGGAAAAGUGACACCUGCUUCUGCCCUUUGUGUGCACGACUCUGCAACAAUGUUAGCCAUUGGCUUCAGUGACGGAUCUAUAUUAUUGCUUCGAGGAGACAUAACAAGAGAACGAGGCUGCAAGCAAAGAACUCUUCGUGAUGGAAAUACAGCUGUCACAGGGCUGAGUUUCUUAUGUACAGCUAAACAUACUUUGUUGUUUGUUGCAACCAAUGCUAAUGUAUUCUUUUUUAAUAUAACACAUAAAGAGAAAGAACAAAAAGUUCAUUUGGAUGGAAUGGGCUGUGCACCACGAUGCUCAGUCCUGGCAGAAUCACUUCCAGAUAGUCAAUUCAUGAUUGGUCGAGAAGAUGCAGUGUAUUGCUACACUCCAGAUGGGCGAGGGCCUUGUUAUGCAGUUGAGGGACAAAAGCAAUUACUUCAGUGGUUUCGCACAUACCUUAUCAUUGUUGCUCAAGAAAAUAAGACUGGACCUGGUGGAAUUAUACGAUCUGCUACAACAGCUAAUUCUACAUCUACAGUAGGAGAACCAGGAUCAACAAAUGACCAAGGAAAACAACUAGUCACUGUUCUUGAUAUUCAGAACAAAUUCAUAGUAUUCUCAGCUGCUGUGCGGGAGGUGCAAGCAGUACUUGCUGAGUGGGGUGCUGUAUACUUGCUGACUGGAGGAGGAGAUGGCACUGCUCCCAGACUGUGGCUUUUACAAGAACGAGAUUUACAGUCAAAACUUGCAUUGCUUUUCAAGAAGAACUUGUAUGAUGUUUCUAUUAGAAUUGCGAAAAGUCAGAAAUAUGAUGCAGAGGGACUGGUAGAUAUAUUUCGACAAUAUGGUGAUCAUCUGUAUGCAAAAGGUGAUCAUUCUGCAGCAAUUGAGCAGUAUAUUCGCACAAUUGGUCGUCUUGAGCCUUCCUACAUUAUACGCAAAUUUUUGGAUUCCCAACAUAUUGAUAAAUUAACAACCUACCUCCAAGCCCUUCAUAAACAAGGGCUUGCCACAGGAGAUCACACCACACUUCUCUUAAAUUGCUAUACUAAGCUCAAUCACACUGAUCGUCUCAAAGAAUUUAUUUUGACCAAAGAUCGUGAAGUUGAUUUUGAUGUUGAGAUAGCAAUUAAAGUUUGUCGACAUGCAUCUCCUGAAGAUGCCUUGUUGCUUGCCAGAAAGCAUGCACAUCAUGACUGGGUUUUAAAAAUUCAAACAGAAGAUCGUGGUUGCUACAAAGAAGCUUUGGAAUACAUUGCUAGUCUUGAUUUUGAACAAGCAGAAUCUAUGAUGCGUGGAUAUGGAAGUGUGCUACUUCAACACGUUCCUGCCGAAGCAACUGCACUUUUGAAGCAGUUGUGCACUGCAUAUCGUCCUCAAGGGGCAGGACCUGCUGUACCAGCAGAGUGUGCUGAUGCAGAGGAUUUUCUGCAUCUAUUUCUCAACAAUUCUUCCCGACUGGUAGAAUUCUUGGAACAUGUGUGCUCCACCCGGCCCCAGCAGAAUGCCCUAGUGUAUAAUGCUCUGUUUGAACAUAGACUUCAUUUGUGGGCUGCAGCACAUGCAAAGGAGGAAUUGGCAGAAGCUCGGAUGCUGGAAACACAAGCUGUACGACUUUUGCAAAGUCCUGAUGCUAAUUAUGAUAAAGAACAAGCUCUUGUUUUGUGUCAGGCUUUGGAUUUUCGGCCUGGUCUGCUUCACUUGUAUGAAGAGAAUAAACUGUAUCAACAAAUAGUUCAGUAUCAUUUAAGGCAAGGAGAUUAUUCAUCUGUAUUAGCUGCCUGCCGAAGAUUUGGGAACCAAGAUCCCAGCCUUUGGAUUCAGGCACUCCUAGCAUGUGCCAAAGACACUGACACCCCCAGUCAAGUUCUGGGAGAAGUAUUAAGUGUGAUUGCUAGUGCUGGAGGAGUGGCAACCUUGGGUGAUGCACGGAAAUACCUGCUGAGUGUAUUAGCGGCUGAAGGAGAAUUGCUACAGCAAGAAAACACUCUCAUUGAAAAGUACAAGCAAGAGACAGAGAGAUUGAGAGAACAAAUACGCACUGCUCAGACCCAGGCGGUGGUUUUCCAGGGGGCUCGAUGUUGGGCUUGUCAUCAUCCUUUAGAGCUACCAUCAGUUCAUUUUUUAUGUCAACAUUCUUACCACCAACAUUGCUUUCAGAGUUUUGCUGAAAAUGAAAAUGAAUGCCCUGCCUGCUUACCGAAUAAUAAAAAGAUUCUUGAUAUUAUUCGCUCCCAGGAACAGAGUCGUGAUUUGCAUGAAACAUUCCACAGUCAGCUGGAGAGAGCUGAAGAUGGUUUUUCACUUGUAGCUGAUUAUUUUGGUCGAGGAGUAUUUAAUAAACUUACAGUUGUCACUGACUCGGUUGCUUCAACUCCUACAGCGCCUGCAAAGCCACUUAUAAUAACAAAAGUUAGUGAACCUCUUCAUUCUUAUGGACCAGGUGCUGAAGCUAGAAUACGUCUUGGAGAAGGUCAACGUUCUCAGACAGCACAAGAUUCACGUAGAGGAGGUGGUAUCACAGUACCAGUUCCUGAAGGCCGAAUGCGCCAGGAUGAAGGACGACCACUAACUACUGUUGAUUUGAAUCCUGUAGCAGCUUCGCCCCCUCGCCCUCCUGUAAGUCGACAAUUAGUGUCUGUGCCUCCUGUACAACUCGUUCAAGUUUCUGCUCCGGCCAUUUCAAGCACAAAUCCAUUUGAAGAGGAUGAAAGUUAUGAUGAAGCCAAGAAUCCAUUUGCAGAAGACAACCCUUUUACUGAAGAACUGUCGACCAAUCCAUUUAGUGAAGAUGAUGAUUAUGAUAAAAAUUUGAAUCCUUUUGAAUCAUAAUUUAAAUAUUUUUAUUGUGUAUUAUACAGUACUGAUUGGAGUGAUUUUGUGAAGACUUUCUUUUAUGAAAAAAAAAAAUUAUAUUUCAAUUUAAUGCCUAGUGAGACUAUCAAUAUAAAAUCUUGUAAUUCUAGUUCAAACAUAUAAAAUGUCCUGCCAAAUUAAUUUUAUCUACAAUGUGUGGCCAAUACAUUUAGAGAUAUUAAGAGAAGCUUUUAUAGCUUUUCUAUAAUUCUUUGUGAUAUACAAAAUAGAUUGUAACUUAUAGCAGGAGUAUAUGUUACUAUAUGAUGAAAAUAAAAUGAAAAAGGAAGAACGUAAACUAAGAAAAAAUUGAUAUUACUCUAAGAACGUAAAAUCACGUAUUAAAAUUGUAUGGCUGCUCUUCUUGUAAUGUUGAACAAUAAACUGUGAUGUUUAUAAAUUAUGUUGCUUAUAAUUGAGUCAAAAUGCAAUACAAUACUGAUAACAAUAAAAUAUCCAGUGUAUCACUUCUGAUUACAAUAAAAUGUGUGUAACGGCAUGUAUAAUACCUUUGAUGCAGAAUGUACUUAAAGGAAUGUUCAUAUUUUGGAGUGGAUCGUUUUUAGGUUUUAAGAGUUGUUACAAGAGACAGGGUGACAAGUUGGUUAGAAAAGGCUAAAAUUUGCAUACAUAAAUACUCGAAUGACCUCUUUCACAGAAUAUAAUUGUAUGUCUCAGGCAUUUAUUGUUAUGAAUUAUGACUUCACAUGUAACUUUGACCUCUGUUAACAUGCAAGGGUAGUAUUGUAUCUACCUUUAUGUUAAGAAAUUUAACAUACUUAGCAGCGGGUUUUAAUAUCAUAACCUUAACCACUUAAAUAAACAACCAUCAAUUCAUUGCAAGUCAUAUGUUUAUUAAGAAAAAACUGCCAUAUUUUGUAGAAAUCAAGUAACUCAUUGGUUUUGGGGAUAAUUAAUGUUAAUUGUAAUAGUACAAUUAAAAAAAGUGUGUUGGGUAAAUUAACCGUAUUUUCCAGGCAUUUCACCAAAUGAAACGCUUCUCCAGCAGUCAUAUUUAGUGACGAUCUGAAGGUGUCACCACUAGAAGUCGACUGGCCAUCUUCCUCAUCGAACGUCAUUUCUUUAAGUAUCUUUAGGAUCAGGGGAAUUAUUUGUAUUCAUCUUUUCUCAAAUCACAAUAUACGAAUAUUGUUUAAAUAGAUAUAUUGCAAGCAACACCCAUUGUAGUAUCACUCGUAAUAUCGUGCCACAGCAUCAGAAUUCAUUUAUUUAUUAGUAAUAACAUUCAUAACAUUUCUAGGUAUGUUAAUAGCUGUAACAAUAGGAAUCCACGUAAAUUGUAACCUGUG